AUGGGCAGAUUCGGCCUGAAGAAGUCCGACGACGACGAGUCCUCCAGCCGCCUGGCGCUGUUUGGCUCGCGAUCAAAGAACAAGAGCCCGGCGCCCCCCGCCAACCCCUACGCGAAGCCCAUUCCCACCGAUCCCUACACCAAAGCGAAGAUCACCGCCGGCGUGGCUCCUCUGCCCGCGGGGGAGCAGCCUCCCGCCGCUCCCGCCUCAGGCCCCCACGGCAUCCCCGCCGAUAACAAGUACCAGGGCGGCGGCUACGCUCCCAACCAGUACAACAACACCGGCGGUUACGGUAGCGAUCGAUUCGGCGGCGGAGGUGCUGGCGGCGCCGGCCCUGCUGCUGGAGCUUCUCGAUACGGCCCCGGCGGCUACGGAGGCUUGGGCAGUGCUGAUCCCAAUGACCCCGCUGCGGGGGAUGCCAACCGCGACGCGCUGUUCGGUGGUGCCAAAGAGCGAGUGCAGCAGCAGCAACCGGGCGGAGCUCCCCCGCCGCCUUAUACCGAGGGGUCUCCCGCGUACGGCGGCGGCAGCAAUGCGUACAACACGUCGACGUACCAGGAGCGGCAGCUGACGGCGGAAGAGGAAGAGGAGGAGGAGAUCUCGACGAUCAAGCAGGAUAUCCGAUUCAUCAAGCAGGGCGAUGUGGCGUCCACUCGCAAUGCGCUCCGCAUUGCGGCGCAGGCCGAGGAGACCGGUCGCGAGACGCUGGCCCGUCUGGGAGCCCAGGGUGAGCGCAUCCACGAUACCGAGAAGCACCUGGACAUUGCCAAGGUGGAGGGUCGGGUUGCCGAGGAGAAGGCUCGAGAGUUGAAGACGCUGAACAAGAGCAUGUUCGCCGUGCACGUGUCCAACCCCUUCACCAGCUCCCGGCGACGACGGGACCGCGACGAGAAGAUCCUAAACACGCACCGAGAAGAACGGGCCGCUCGUGAAGGUACCCGGAAUGAGGCCUUCGGCACCAACCAGCGCAUGGAGCAGACGUUCCGCAACAUCGAGCGCGACGCGGGCAAGCCAGGGCGAGGCGGUCGCACCAACGUCACGGACCGGGCCAAGUACCAGUUCGAGGCGGACAGCGAGGAUGAAGGCAUGGAGAACGAGAUCGAACAGAACUUGGAUCUGCUGGGCGGUGCGGCGGGCCGAUUGAACGGCCUGGCCAAGGCGACGGGCCGCGAGCUGGACGAACAGAAUCGCCACUUGGAGCGUAUCACGGGCAAGAGCGACUACGUCAGCGACCAGGUUGCCAUGAACCGGGCGAAACUAGAUCGGAUCCGUUAA